UCGCCUUCGCGGCGAUCGCGGCGGGGGGGGGGAGGGAUCGGGGUUUAUUAAGAAGAGACUGCAAAGGCGGGUUGGAAAAAAGCCGUGGUAGAAAAAUCGGAUUUUCUUUGGAGAACAGACGUCCGUCUGGAGUCCAGAACUAAAAGAGCAAAACAAUGGCCAAACGGAUUGUUGAGUCUAUUCAGUAUGGAGGAAUCACUUUUCCAAGCAUUGUGCAUAGUGAAGAGAGUGUUCGCUACGCUCACCGGUGUUUCCAAGUGCGGGACAGUGAUGUCUUCAAUGUUACAUACCCCAAAUCUGGAACAACUUGGAUGCAAGAAAUUCUUACUUUGAUCUAUAGCAAUGGAGAUCCCACAUUCUCACAGUCAGUCCCUUGUUGGGAACGGGUGCCCUGGGUUGAACAGAAGACAGCAGCCCAGUACUUGGAGAACCGACCCUCCCCUCGGCUCAUUACCUCUCAUUUGCCUGCAACAAUCUUUCCAGAAAAGUUCUUCUCUUCGCAAACUAAGGCUAUUUACACUGUCCGUGACCCCAAGGAUGUCUGUGUAUCACUCUACCAUUAUGCCAAGAUGUCUUCAUUUCUGGAGUUUAGAGAGGAUUUUGGAGAAUUUAUUGAGCUAUUUUCAGCAGGGAAACUUCUCUUUGGCACCUGGUUUGAUCAUGUCAAAAGCUGGUUGGCUUACAAAAAUGAGAAGAAGUUUCUCCUUCUGGUCUAUGAUGACUUGCUAAAGGAUCUACGUGGCAGUGUUGUUCGCAUCUGUGAAUUCCUAGGCAAGAAUUUGGAUCCUGCUGCUGUUGACUCAGUGGUGGAAAAUGCUUCCUUUGGCGUGAUGAAGAGCAACAAGAUGGUGAAUUACACCAUGGUUCCUGAAGAACUGAUGGACCAAAAGAUCAGCACGUUCCUCAGGAAGGGGAUUUCUGGGGACUGGAAAACUCACUUUACUGAAGAGCAAAGUGUUGCUUUCCACCAGCUCUACCAGGAAAAUAUGAAUGGUCUAGAGACCAACUUUCCUUGGGAGGAAUUUCAAGCUGAAAACCAUCAGGAAAUUUGAGAUUUUGGAUGGCAGGGAGCAAUGCUGCAAUCAAAAAAAUGCCAAACUUUGUGAAUUAAAAUAUAUUUCAUUCAAUAUAGGUAGUCCUUGAAUUAUAACUGCAAUCAGAAUCGGGAUUGCUGUUGCUAAAAAAUACAAUUGUAAAGCACAACAUUACCUGACCACAUCACUUAGCGGCAGCAAUCCAGACCUAGUUGUUGUUGUAACCCAAGAUAUGCAAGUUAUUAUGUGUGAAGCAGAACAAGUCCCAGGUCAGGAGUGAGCAGGUGCCACAGGGGGGUGGGGGAGGUCCUGAAAGACCUGGUCCAGGCCAUGAGGGUGUGGGUGUGCGUGCAUAAUGUGUGGGCAUAGGGAAGCCAAGGAGAGGGUGUGGGGUGCAGGCAUGUGCAUAUUGUGUGUGUCAGUUCAGGGGAUUGUGGAAAGAUGACAAGGGGAAUGUGAGAGUAUGUGAGCACAGGGAGGCUGGAGAAAGGGGCAGGUUCUGUGUGAUUGUGGGGAGGUUGUGGAAAAAGGCUACUUGUAGAUGAGCAGGCUAAGGUAGAGUUAAAUAUUUCAUCUGUUUGCAGUCAUUGCGCAGUCAAAGAAACUGUGAAUUCUGUUGACCUUUUAUCUAGUGUCAAUUUAUCUUUGACCGUUAGUUUUACCAGAUUCUUUUGUAUUGGUAGCAACAAUAAAUGUUUUAGUAUUUUGAACUCAAUGAGUGCUCUUGAUUAGACAAUAUGGAGCAUGUGUGAAUGAAAGGGGAAGGAAGGUGUGAUGUGUACACGAGUGAAGAAAGUGUGUGUGGGGGGAACCUCCCCGAGUGACAUGCAGUCUUCCUUGCCAGAUUCCCCGUUGACUUUGCUCUUGGGAAGCCAGCAGGGAAGGUCACAAAUGCUGAUCAUGUAACUGUGAGCCACCACAACUGGUAGUAUGCGUGAGCUGGUUGACAGGCACUUGAAUUCAAACAACUGGUGUGUGUGUGUGUGUGUGUGUGUGUGUGUGUGUGUGUGUGUGUGUAGGCACUAUAACAGCCAGAAUUUUGAAUACUAGUCAUAGUUAUGUCCCUUCAUGCAGGGUUGUUGUAACUCCACACACGGUCGCUGAAUGAAUGAUUGCAACUUGAGGACUACCUUAGGCCCUACUCAUGUUAACUAUAGUAUAGGGAUCCCAAGUCUUUGCAAUGUUUUGAAUUUCUGGGCAAAUUCAUGCUUUGUGCCUUUAAGUCUCUAACAUACUAUGAAAAUAGUAGAAAAGAGAAAAGGUGGAUUUUUUUUUCUGAACUAAGCAAUCUGAAGUGGUGGCAUUCCAUAUUUGAGUUGUGUUUCACAAGAAAAAAACAAUAAUUUCUCAAAACAAAGAGUUUUAUUUAGGUUCUUUUUUACAUGCUAUUUUCUUCCUGCAGGGACUUUUUGAAAUCAUGGAAUAAAUAUAAAACAAAAGUU